AUGGCAGCGUUCGACGCGAUAACGGAAGAGCCACCACCGAGCCGCCACUGGGACGAUCCGGAUUUCGAGUCCUUCCCGCCAAAACACUCCGGCUCCGUCGCUCCCUUCCGCUUCGAAUGGCUGUGGCACGACCCCUGUGCCUCAACCCUGCUGCAGCGCCUCUCCCUCUCUCCGCCUCCCAACACCAGCAGCAGCAGCAGCACCAGCACCACCACCACAACCAGCACCAGCAGCACAACUAUCAGCAGAGGUGGUACAAUUUUGGCUAGUGGUGGUGGGGUUGGAGAGGGAGGGGACGAGAGGGUGGCGGUGAGACUGCUGCUGGUGGCAGCAGCUCCAGCUAGCAGCGACCUAAUAGCCCAUGCUGUGGAUUUCCUGGGAGGGAAUUCUACCUCCGCCCCUCCUUCUGACACACAUGCUGCUGCUGGUGGCGCUGGCGGUGCUGACGUGGCCUCCAACGGUGCUUCUGCUGCUGGCAGUGGCAAGAAUCCUGAAUUUAGACUGGCUGCGCGGAUUCACUACGGCAGCGACAGUAGCAGCAAUGGCGUUGAUGAGGAGAGAUCCUCAUCAGCGCAGCACACAUCACACCUCUACCUCACAGAGACAGGUGGCACUGCGCUAUUGGCUACAGGUCAUGGUCGGCUGGAAGCAGAGCGGUGCUUCGAAUGGGUGCGAGGCGUCAUGGCACAUGUGAAACCAUCCCUGACGGUCGUGGUUUCCUCUCUGCCGGCCACCUCUCUCCCCUCGCUGCCCUCUGUGCCGCCCAAUCUGCAUGCCACGUCACUGGGACCCCUUGCUGACGUGGAUGUGUGGCGGCUUGAGACAUAUGCUUUCAAGGCAUCACCCUUCGCACCCCUCGCUCCUCUCCCCGCCAUCGCCUAUCUCCCAUCUGGCAGUCUCAUCGACGGCCUCCCUGCUGCUCUCCUCUCCCAUUGUCAGCCCCGGCAGCUGCCAGCUGUCGCGCUCUCAUUCGUGGACCGCCACUGGAGCGGCAGCUCCCCAGGCACGGUGCGAGGCAUGGCAUGGGUCAUGGGGGAACUCGUGGCCGCAUGUGCUGGUGGUGAAGGGGAUGCGGGAGCAGGAGGAGGACAGGGAGCAGCUGUGAGGGAGGCCCUGCUGAGAGCAG